UGGAAGGGAAACCCAGACAGGGCUGUAACAGGGAGCAGCCGACAGCGCUGGGCAACAUGGUCUCUGGCAGGAAAAGGAGGAACACGGGAGGGGAUGAGUCGGGGCAGAUUAAACAGCAGCAGCAGCAGCAGCAGCAGGAGAGUGGGAAAGAGCAGAACUCGGUUGGCUUUAAGGUGGAAGGAGGCGACGCUGCGAUGAUGUUCGGGGAGGAAGGCGAGGACAUGCCUCGCCAGUACAGCUACAUGCAGAGGCACUUCAGAGCGCUGCUCCAGCCCGGGGUCAAUAAGUUUUCUCUGCGGAUGUUCGGCAGCCAGAAGGGGGUGGAGAAGGAGCAGGAACGGGUCAAAACCGCCGGCUAUUGGAUUAUUCACCCUUACAGCGAUUUUCGCUUUUACUGGGACUUGAUAAUGCUGUUGCUUAUGGUUGGAAAUCUCAUCAUUAUACCUGUGGGAAUCACCUUCUUUGCGGAAUCAACAUCAACAGUUUGGAUUGUUUUUAAUAUUGCGUCUGACACCUUCUUCCUCUUGGACUUGAUCGUCAAUUUUAGGACUGGAAUUGUUGUGGAAGACAAUGCAGAAAUCAUCCUGGACCCAAAGGUCAUCAGGUGGAAGUAUUUGAAAAGCUGGUUCAUGUUAGACUUUGUCUCUUCCAUACCAGUGGAUUACAUUUUUCUGAUUGUAGAAAAAGGAUUUGAUUCUGAUGUUUACAAAACAGCGAGGGCCCUGCGCAUUGUGAGGUUUACAAAAAUCCUCAGUCUCUUACGAUUAUUAAGACUUUCAAGACUCAUACGUUAUAUGCACCAGUGGGAGGAGAUUUUCCAUAUGACAUAUGAUUUUGCCAGCGCAGUGGUGAGAAUAUUUAAUCUGAUUGCAAUGAUGCUUCUGUUAUGCCACUGGGAUGGUUGUCUCCAGUUUCUAGUACCAUUACUCCAGGAUUUCCCCCCUGAUUGCUGGGUGUCCCUAAAUGGUAUGGUUAAUGAUUCAUGGGGGAAGCAGUAUUCUUACGCACUGUUCAAAGCAAUGAGCCACAUGCUCUGCAUAGGUUAUGGAGCCCGGGCGCCUGUGACUAUGUCUGACCUCUGGAUAACGAUGCUGAGCAUGAUCGUGGGAGCCACGUGCUAUGCAAUGUUUGUCGGCCACGCCACCGCCCUCAUCCAAUCUUUAGACUCCUCACGACGACAGUACCAGGAAAAGUAUAAGCAAGUGGAGCAGUACAUGUCCUUCCACAAGCUGCCUGCGGAAAUGCGCCAGAGGAUUCAUGAUUAUUAUGAACAUCGGUACCAAGGCAAGAUCUUCGAUGAAGAUAACAUUUUGGGAGAGCUGAACGAUCCCCUCAGGGAGGAGAUUGUCAAUUUCAACUGCCGCAAGCUGGUAGCCACCAUGCCCCUCUUCGCCAAUGCUGACCCAAAUUUUGUGACUGGCAUGCUGAGCAUGCUACGAUUUGAGGUAUUCCAACCUGGAGACUACAUUGUUCGUGAGGGCACGAUAGGCAAGAAGAUGUAUUUUAUCCAGCAUGGGGUUGCUGCUGUCAUCACUAAAUCCAGCAAGGAAAUGAAGCUAUCGGAUGGCUCAUACUUUGGAGAAAUCUGCUUAUUAACAAAGGGCCGACGUACUGCCAGCGUGAAAGCCGAUACCUACUGUAGGCUGUACUCACUCUCCGUGGACAAUUUCAAUGAAGUGCUGGAGCAAUACCCAAUGAUGCGAAGAGCAUUUGAAACCGUGGCAAUCGACAGACUGAACAGAAUUGGAAAGAAAAACUCACUACUUCUACACAAGGUCCAAAGGGAUCUGAACGAGGGUGUUUUUAAUAACCAAGAGACAGAACUGCUUAAAAAGAUGGUGAAGCAAGACAGGGAGAUGGUGCAUUUUAUUGAAGCGCCCGCCACAGUAUUGGGUGUGCUUGCCCCUUCGUUUUCUGGUAACUCACAGACUCCACCCCCUAGCUUCAGUACCUGUUCACCAUCUUCUCAGUCGCACAUGAGACAAGCCCAGCUGGUUCAGACUUUACCCAACCAGAAUUCACCAACACCUAGUCCUCAUCAGACGGUGGUGCCGUCUCCCAGUUCCUACUCCGCUGCACUUUCGAGCCCUCCUGUGCAGAGCCCAUUAGCCGGCCGAACUUUCCAGUAUGGUUCACCAAACGUAUCGCAGAUAUCUUUGAUACAGCAGCAGCAAGCACACAGCCCGACCCACAGACGUGAUUCCAACAAAAGCACACAGGCUCCGCAUACGAGCAGUCUCAGCAGAGAGGUUCGGUCUCUGUCCGCCUCUCAGCCCUCUCUGCCUCAUGAGGUGACGCCGCUCAUUGUCCAGCCUCACCCAUCCUGUGGAGAGUCAUUAGCAUCAACAUCGCCCGUAGCGUUUUCCACCACACAAGGCAUGAGCUUACAAGGAGGAAUCCGCACCAACGUUCCUCAAAGGGUGUCUCUCUUCCGACACAUGUCCUCAGGAGCAUUGCCACCAGUUCGAGGGCCAUCCACUUCGGUACCAGCCCCCAAAAGGGAAUCAUCUACAGUCUUAAGUACAGAUAGCGAUCCAGGAAGACCUCGAUUUCCCUCCAACUUAUGA